CCCUCGUGCAGGCCCCUCCCACAUCCUGCUCCCUACCUGUCUGUCGACAUGGACUUCUCCGAGUCUUCUCCUCUCCUUCCAAGAGCUUCUGGCCGGCCCGCGGACGGCAAGGUCCAGAGGGUCACCAUCGAUCGAGCCGCCAGCCCAUCCUCGUCGCAGCCGGGCACCCCCCGCGGCUCUCAGCUGCGGUGCAUCAACGUCGAGACGAACCAGCACAGCAGAGAAAGCGAGGCCUCGAAGCGCAAGCUGCUGAUCGCCACGAUCUUGUGCUUUAUCUUCUUUCUCAUCGAGCUUGUCGCCGGCUACAUCUCUGGAUCGCUCGCCAUCUUGAGCGACAGCUUCCAUUUGCUCUCUGAUAUUGCCGGGUUCGCCAUCUCGUUGGUUGCUUUGUAUCUUUCGAACCAGCCGGCGACCAAACGCCACUCGUUCGGAUUCCACCGCGCAGAGAUCAUCGGCGCAAUUGCCUCGACCUUCCUCAUCUGGAUUCUCACCGCGUAUCUACUCGUCGAAGCCUUUGAGCGUCUCCGAAAUCCAACACCAAUCGAUGCCCCGAUCAUGUUUGGCACCGCUGCCAUUGGAGUCGUCGUUAACAUCGUGCUUGGGCUGACACUGCACUCGCACUCGCACGACCACGGCCACGGCCACUCUCACGACCAUUCGCAUGAUCAUUCGCAUGAUCAUUCGCACGACGAUGGACACGACCAUGGACACGAUUACGCUCACGGGCAGAGCUCGUCGACUCACAAGUCCGCGACCAACGGCACCCUGGUGCAGUCGUACCAUGUGCAUGACCAUGACUUGGAUGGGUCUUCCGAAGACCAGGUCGAGACUUCCGCCGUCCCAGCUGUUGCUGUUGCGAUUUCUAGCGCCCCAUCUUCGGCCCCAACACGAAGCAAACAAGUUAACAUUAAUGUGCACUCGGCAGCCAUCCAUGUGAUCGGCGACCUCAUUUCGAGCAUCGGUGUCUUGAUAUCAGCAGGAAUCAUUUGGUACGACCCGUCCUGGACGAUCGUCGACCCAAUCUGCACGUUCAUCUUUUCGAUCUUUGUGAUCAUGACGACAAUCAAGCUGAUGGACAACAGCCUCAGGGUCCUGAUGGAGGCCACGCCAAGCAAUAUCGAUGUCGAGAUCGUCACCAAAGAGCUGGUAACCGUCCCGGGCGUCAUCAACAUCCACGAUCUGCAUAUCUGGAACAUUACGGUCGGCAAGCCCGCUCUGGCCGUCCACAUUGCGGUCUCGCCAACCUUCCCGGGCACGAACCAGCCCCUGACGGUGGAAGACUGCCACUACAUCCUUACGGAGGCCCAGCGCAUCCUCUGUGAGGAGCACGAUAUCCACCACACCACUAUCCAGGUGGAAGUCGCAUACGAGACGGACGAUAUGCCGGUCGGCCACUGUGCGCCGCUGAUGUGCCGAAUGUGAACGGACGGGCAAGAGGCGGGGCCACCCAAUUGUAAUGGAAUGGUAGACGGGGAACAAUAUUGAUGUAUUCCCAUGGCCUCAA